UAAUCUUUACCAGAUUCGAAUCCACCGCUCUACGCUAAAGAUGAAUUUCAGCACCGCCUUGCCAAGCAUCCUGGUUGGCUUCAUUCAUCGGUACGAGUUAGAAGUCAGGGAUGUCAUUGCUGGCCUUGAACAAAGCGACCCAGGGGAGAUAUGCAUCACAGUUACAGAGCAGAGCGUCUUUGAUGGUCGGAAACUGAUCGAUAAGAUUUCCUCCUCAAAAUCAAACGUCACACUGGUGAUGGAUGCGUCUGCUCUGUAUUACGUGUCAAGGGCAGGGCAAGAGGAAAAUCAUACCAUGGAGAAACACAUCAUUCACUGGUGCUAUGGGAUUACUUUUGGACUUGCUGGGUUAGAGUAUAAAGUUGUGGUCUCUGCACCAGAGGCCUCGCCUGGUUCCUGGGUUUCUUGACUAUUUGCUGGACACGAAUACACACCGGUCUGCAAAUGCAACAGUCGGGUAUCUGUUCCGCAAGGUGUGUCACCAGUGCACAGCCAACCCCAGCUCAGAGAACCCCUGCAGGAACUUCAAUAACCCUGCGCCAGUCAACAUCAGUGCUGCAGGUUUAAGCCACCAUGAGCCAACCAUUUGCCUUGGAGCUCCAGCUACUAACAUGUGCCAUUUGUGCCUGGACCGCUUAGCCUAUCUGGAUGUCAUCUUCAUCAUGGAUUUGUUCAUGCAAAAGCUAGCUAGAGCGAUAGAAGAGCUGUCCCAGAAUUACCCGCCAUCCCAGCCACAGAACAGCUCUGACUGCAAUAGAGAACAGUCGGAGCAGUGUCUCAUCGAGAACUAUUCCUCCCUCCUGCCCACCAACCCAAACCCCUUUGAGGUCUUCUUCUGGAACGUCACUGACGACGGAGAAGUGAAGCUCCCCCAGCUGGACGUGUACGUGGAGAGAGCAGCCUCCGACAGCUGCGACCCUGUGGCGAGGGCUGGGAGCCUGCGGGACGGGGGAGCCAUCCAGAUCCUGCCCUCUCACUGCUCCUGAGGCUGUGGCCAAGGGGAGAUGCAAAAGCUGCACCCGGAUUUGCCUCAGCACUGCUGUUAUGCAUGUGAAGUUUGCAGCCCUGGGACAUACAGCAACGGGUCAGGCCUGCGAUGUGUCUGUGCUGACAGCCGGAACGUGACAGGCCAGGCGGCGGAGUGCAAUGCUUGUAGUUCCCGGCAGCCUGCCUCGCUCUGGGAGGCCACCUUCCUUGAUAGCAGUUUUCUGGCUUGUAAUAACUCUUGCAACCUGACUGCCUGCGAGCUCCUGACCAACGCGGUCGUUCUGAACGCCUUCUCCUUGGAAACCCGGGCCUACGACCUGUAUGCAAAGGCUAAAAGCCAGAACCUUCCGAAGCUGUUUUAUAGCAACACAGGGCUGCCUCCGCUCUCCUUUGGGAAGAACUCCAAGAUCAAUUUUAAGCUUGUAAAGUACGAUGCCCGAGGAAACUUCUUAGGCUGGGAGGACGUGACGGGUGGCACUUUGCAGCUCUGUGCAGACCGUCAGAGUGUACUCGAUGCUGCCUACUCCUUUGGGACAUCCUACGAACAGUCUUGCACUGUACAGGUGUCCAACCUGCUGCGACGAGUCCCUGAGCCCAUCUUUUACGAGAUGUUCCUGCAGUUCUCCAAUGGCAAGGGGAACUGGCUGUGGCCAGUCCCUGUAGCGAAUCCCCAGCUGCAGCUGAAUAGCCCAGCCUCCCUGAGGUCUGAGAGGCUAAGAAGAUUCUUUCUAGUCGAUGGGCUCUCGGGCAGGCAAGGGAACCUGUCCAAUCAACCAGCAUCUGUCAUGUUGGCAGCAGGGCUGCUCCUAAGUGUUGACUUGCCAACCAGUAGCCCAGGAGACCAGUCUGCUUUCCUGUUGACAGUGAAGUAUGCAAAGCAAGAUAGCACUGCAACGACGCAGGUAUCGUUUGCAGUGUCAUACACACAUCGCCCUGGAACGUCUCCACGAGACACAGAUAUAGCGCUUGCCAUCCUGGGCUCUUUGGCAGCCUUGUACGCCUUGCUGAAGACCAGCAGCUGGGUGCGGAGGUCUAGACUUCAGAAUAUAAGCUUUAUAAUUUUAGUCAAGUUCUUUGCCUUCUUUGCCGGGGCCCUGGCUAACACCUUCUUCAUGGUUGCCCUUGGGACGGGGAUUUAUUGGCUCAUUGUUUUCAAGGGGCAGCAGUCUGCAGCGGUUGAGGUUAUGGUGCCCCCGGCAGGCAGUCAAAUUGAAACCAACUUUAUUAUCUACUUGUCCUGUGCUUUUGUGUUAAAGGCUGUGGACUUGCUUCAUCUCCUGAUCACCCAGGUGACAAUCUCCAUCUUCCUGAUAGACUGGGAAAAGCCAAAGGAGAAAGCAGCAUUUAAAGCACCGGCAGGAGGGCAGAGGGCCAUUUCCUCUGUGAGUAUUUGGAGAACUUUCCUGAUAGCCAAUGAGUGGAAUGAGAUUCAGACUCAUAGGAAAUUGAAUCCAUCGCUUCAGCUGUUCGCAGUGUUACUGCUCCUGGAGGUUGUGGGCUUGAAGAACAUCACAUCACGAGACCUGAACCUGGAUCUGCACCCUGGCGCUGACGCCUACCUGGCUGCCUGGAGCCCAAUCCUUAGAUUUGGCCUUGCCGCUUCUCUCUGGCUGGCACUGGGGAUUGCACAGGUGGCGUUUUUCACAGGCAUCUACGAGCGGUUUGUGGAGGACAAGAUUCAUCAGUUCAUAGAUCUCUGUUCCAUGAGCAACGUGUCUGUCUUCAUCCUGAUGCACGGAUGCUACGGCUUCUACGUCCAUGGGCGGAGCGUGCACGGCCACGCGGAUGUGGGCAUGGAUGCCAUGCAUGCCUGCCUCAGGAAAGAGGAGGAGAACCUGUGCCCUCUAAGAGGCCUGGAGGCCAACUCUGACAUUCAGACCUUCGAGGUGCUUCUCACGGACAGAGCCAGGCAGCUGUAUGACAAGAUAACGCAGCCCUUGAUGGAGGGCCCGAGAGGCGAGAGAGUCAGGGUCGACUUACAUGAGCAAAGACUAAGGAGUUAUUACACCUUGAAUCGAUUUCUCAGCUCGUUCCUUGAACACGCAUACAGAGAUAUGGACUACGUCGUGAAGGACAAGUUCUUCCUGGAGCGUGUUAUGGACAUGGAGUUCCAGGAGCCGGUAGACAUGUCCAUUCUGUACACAGAUGCCAGCGCCUUGUUCAGCAGGACUCUCUUCUACAACAACGAGCUGGCCUUGCUUGUCUUUGACACCCUGCUCUUCUCGGUCGUCGACCUGGGAACGCAGGAUUUCCUGCUGGCCGCAAUCAUCACCUUUGUUGUGCAGAAGUUGGUGAAGAUGCUGCAGCAGGCACUUGGAAGGAGAAAUCUGGCGGCAAAAACGCUGGUGGAGAAGCAGUUUCUGAUCUAGAGGUGAAUAGGAAGCCGUGGCCGCUUACCCCACUCUUCCCAGUGCCACCAUCAAAGCAAGAAUGCCGGGACCCUACAACUAAUUUGAGAAGCAAGGACUUUGCAGCUUUGAUCCUUCUCAGUCCUUGGCCUGUGCAGGGAGACUAGAGAGAGCACUGCACUUUUCCACUUUAGUUACUAUAGAUAAAGCUCUGGGCCUCCUACCAGCCCAGGAAACAUGCAGCCCUACAGUUAUUAUUUCUCACUUUCAGUUGUUUCCCAGGCGUAUUUUGAUUUCACAGCUGAAAGAUUCCUUUCUGCUGAACAAACCCUGCUCUAUUAUUUAGCCAUCAGGAUGAGACACCCAUACCCAUGGGAUUUUUGGUGCUUGUAUAUUUUUAAUUGGGAGACAAAAGGCCACCCUCUGACGCUGACCCUGGUUUUAUGGAGCAGCUUUGUUUGUUUCUUAAUGGGAAGAAGAAAAUAUCUGGAAGGAGCAGGGGAAUGGUAAUCCAUGUGCUGUCUCCUCAGUGCAUGCGAGCUGCACAGUUCUCUGGUGGGUUCUGCUUAGCUCGGGCAACGGAUGCAAUCUGCAGGGUAACUCCAAUGUAAUUUACAAGCAGGGCUCAGUGGGGUCUGAUAUACCGCAGGACAGACCACCUCACACAUCCUCUCUCCCACGCAAUUCAAACACCAGCUCAGUCCUUUCCUUCACUAGGCACGAAUCUUAUGCAGAAUGUAAUUUAUUGACCUCCAAUGGAGGUAAAUCACAGGCAGAUGUGUCUCCAGCAUCAUCCUGGGCUUUUCUAUUCCUUUCAUUUGUAUUCUCCAUAGCUCUGUUUCUUUAAACAAAGAAGGGCAGCUGCAUUACACAGAGCAGCUAUGUUACACAGCCUGUAUUCCUCCAGGGCAGGACUGAGGCUAAAGCCGGGUCUUUGAUUUCACUUCACACAGCAGUUGUCUUUGGGAUCCACCUGGAGCGCAUGCUCUGAUUCCAGGGCUGGAGCGAGCCUCGGGAUUCACAGCCAAAAUGCAGGAGUUCCAGCUGGUUUUGCACUGACAGCGUGGAUUCCAGUGCCAACCCAUUAACAGGCCCAAGUCUGGCACACUUAAAAUUAAGCACAGGCUUAGGUGUUUUCCUGAAUAGGGACACUUUCCUACACCGGAGCCAAACUUCUGAAGGAAACAGCCCAUCCCAGAGCAACAUGGGCUGUGAUGCAAGCGUUGUCUGUUUAUAGGACAAAGAGAACUGGAAGAGCGACCAAGUGCUGAAAUUGGCAGUGACUCCCAGGGCUAUAGCAAACAGCCUCCUGCAAAGGAUCCAUGCUUGUUUCACUCUGUUUUGGUUUGAAUAUAUGAUUUAUUGUGUUUGCUGCUGAGAACAUUUAUUUCUUAAAAAACAACCACAUGUGGGGUUUAAGCCUGUUGUAAAUU